UUCCGCGCCUCGAGGUAACGUCAGCACGUCGACGCCGGGCUUUUCUUUAGCCGGGUCCCGCUAACUCGGCUAAGGUGUAUCUGCGUCUUUGGUCAGGCUGUUCCUUGGCUAAGAGGGCAGUCGUCGCGGACCCACACGGUUAGCAGGUCUCAGUGCUCGGGCCGACCGCCUUCACUUCCCUCCCGGCUUUUCCUCCCGACUUAUCCGCUUCAGGGGCGUCUCGGAGUGGCGGAGGCCCCCGGGGAAGAGCGGGGUGCCGGUGUCAGCUCCGGGCUCGGAUGGAAAGUGGCGGGAGGAGCGACCCGGGAUGUUCAGUCUGAUGGCCAGUUGCUGCGGCUGGUUCAAGCGGUGGCGGGAGCCCGUCAGAAAGGUGACUCUUUUGAUGGUGGGACUUGAUAAUGCUGGUAAAACCUCAACAGCAAAGGGAAUCCAAGGAGAAAACCCUGAAGAUGUAGCUCGUACUGUUGGAUUUUCAAAAAUUAACCUUAGACAAGGAAAGUUUGAAGUCACCAUCUUUGACUUGGGAGGUGGAAUAAGAAUUCGGGGAAUCUGGAAGAAUUACUAUGCUGAAUCCUAUGGGGUAAUAUUUGUUGUGGAUUCCAGUGAUGAAGAGAGAAUGGAAGAGACAAAAGAGGCUAUGUCAGAAGUGCUGAGACAUCCUAGGAUAUCGGGAAAGCCGAUAUUGGUGUUGGCAAAUAAACAAGAUAAAGAAGGAGCUUUAGGAGAAGCUGAUGUCAUUGAAUGUCUAUCUCUGGAAAAAUUGGUCAAUAAGCACAAGUGCCUGUGUCAGAUAGAACCAUGUUCAGCAGUCUCGGGGUAUGGAAAGAAAAUUGACAAGUCCAUUAAAAAAGGCCUUUACUGGCUGCUACAUGUUAUUGCAAGAGACUUUGAUGCCUUAAAUGAACGCAUCCAAAAAGAGACAACAGAGCAGCGUGCUCUUGAGGAACAAGAGAAACAGGAAAGAGCUGAACGAGUGCGAAAAUUACGAGAAGAAAGAAAACAAAAUGAACAGGAGCAGGCUGAACUCGAUGGAACCAGUGGUCUGGCUGAACUGGACCCAGAACCAACGAAUCCUUUCCAGCCAAUAGCAUCUGUAAUCAUUGAGAAUGAAAGAAAACUUGAAAGAGAGAAAAAAAAGCAAAAAACAGAGAAAGACAGUGAUGGCUGCCACCUGAAACAUAAAAUGGAGCAUGAGCAAAUAGAGACACAAGGCCAGGUUAAUGACAAUGGCCAAAAAAAUAAUGAAUUUGGACUAGUAGAAAAUUACAAGGAGGCAUUAACACAGCAGUUAGAGAAUGAAGAUGAGACACACCAGCCAUCACUGGAAUCAGCUAAUGGUAAAAAGAAAACUAAGAAACUAAGAUUGAAAAGGAACCACCGGGUGGAACCACUUAAUAUAGAUGACUGUGCUCCUGAGAGUCCACCACCACCCCCACCCCCUCCUCCUGUUGGCUGGGGAACCCCUAAAGUCACUAGACUUCCAAAACUGGAGCCUCUUGGUGAAACACGUCAUAAUGAUUUCUAUGGGAAGCCACUGCCUCCCCUGGCUGUGCCACAGCAACCUAACAGUGAUGCUCAUGACGUGAUCUCAUAAACAAGAUGUAUGGAGGAGUUCUCUUAAUAUCAGCAAGGUGAACUGGGACAUUCUUCUUUCUCAGAAGAAGAAACAUGUUGUAAAUUGAUGACUGGGGCAAGAUAACCAUAACAAUUAUAGUGAGAAGAUUAAUACUCAAGGGCCUGACUUGAUAAUUACUUAUUUGUGUUUUUCAUGGUUAAAAAAAUAAAAGAAUCACAAUGACUAGUACAUGAAAUCAACAUUUGGACCAAAUUAGCAAGAUUUACAGUUGACUCUGGUUUAUACAUCCCCACUCCUGAGCAUACUUCUGAAGGAAAACUUUACAAAAGAGCCAAUGGACUCAGCACUUUCUUUACUAUUUGUUCAAUAGCCUAUAUUUCUAGAUAUUAAAUAUUUUUUGUAAGAUAUAUGCACAUAAAAGGAGGACUUCUAGGAAUUUAUAACGAAAAUUUUAAAACUAUUUUUAUAUUUUUUUAAAUCUUUAAAAAUUUUAAUUACUAUGAUAUUGAUUAUAUACCUUUUUUAUAGAUGAUUUGUUUAAAUUAUGUCUGGAAAAUAGAGUUGAUUUACUUUUAGACACGAACUAUACAAACAGGAUAUAUUUAUAUGGCUUGAGGUAUGUUUUGUAAUAGCAUUGUUCUUUUAAGUGUACAUCGUAAUUUGACCUAAUGUAAAAAUAAUAUAUUUUUGAAGUAGUAGAUUCUCAGAUCUUUAUUCUAACAAUUAUAUGAUUUGAAAACAGUACUCAAUGAGACUGGAAAUACCUUUUAUACCUAAAUGUUUUUGAAAUUAAUCAAAAUACAUUCUGUGAGAUACUAUUAAAAGUCUCAGUAAAGUCCUAUUUUAAAGGUUAGACACUUUCAGAGAUCAAGGUGUUCCCUGUACUCCCUUGUUCCAUCAGAAGCUGCAGUGACUCUUUUAGGUGAUUCUAAUUCUUUCAUGCCUUGAAAUUAAACUAUGAAAUUAAAGGCAGAAAGACUGGAAAACCGACUGCAGGUCCAGAGACUUCUGUUUUACAACUGGGAAACAGCAUGUGUACUAAAGUAAUGAGAAUAAAAAUCUUGGCCCAAAAUUACUUUUAUAAAUAAAUAAUUCCAAAAUAAUUUCCUAAUUUAAGAUGAUAGCACUUCUGUUCCACUUAAGAAUGGCAUCCAUAAGAUUCUGUAUUUGGCAUUUAGACUGACUUCUAGAUGUAUAUUUUUAAUAAUAGAUUCAUAAUGUUACAUUUAAUUGAAAACAAACCUUUAUAUCCAGUGAAAAUAGUAUAAACAGAAUGAUUUUUAUACCACCUUGUUAAGAUUGGUGCUUUUGGUAACUUGUACUAACACAACAGACAUAUACUAGUAUCUGAUAACAUUAAGUACAUUUUAUGUCAUUUAAUAUAAUUAUUUACUUUAAAAAAUUUACUUCAGAACAUCAGAUUUUAUUCACAUUUUUUAACUCACUGAACUUUAAUAAUCAGGUCACCUGUACUCUAGUCAACAUUGUAUAUAUUCUUGGAGUUUGUACAUGGGACUUACCAACCACACUGAGUGAGGUAAAAGCAUUUGAUUUCAGAUCUAAAAUUCGUAACAACCUAAAUUUGAGAGGUGGCUGAAAUGUGAUGAAAAGCAAUACGAAAAGACAAUGUAAACUUUGAAAAGGAUUUUAGAGGGAAAAUUGCAUAGCUUUUUGUAACAUUUACUUAGUUUUAAAACUAAACUCAUACUUUUGCUAUCUUUUUAAUAUUUAUCUCGUUUGGGAGUAUACGUGUUUUUAAAAUUUGUGCUUUCUAUCUGUGUUUACUAUAGUGUAGCUACUGGCUUCAUUUAAGAAAAAUAAAUGAUUUUGAAAUUAAAUAUAAUGUAGAAUUCACGUUUUAUAUAGCUCUCUCAAAAAAUUAAUUUUUAUUCCUUAAGCAUUUUAAAAACAUUUUAAAAAAUGUUUUGUAAAUCCAGGUGUAUUUUAACAAUUAAAUGCCUAUUUUGUUAUAUGUUAUACUUUUAUUCUUAAUUCUGAACUUUGACAUUUUCACACAAUAAAAAUAAUUUAUAUCAACAUUCUGUUUUCAAUUGGUAGAGUUAAAUGAUUUCCUUUGGGUAAUAAAAUAGGUAAAGAUUUUAAAAUAGGAUUAUUGAAAAACAGUUUAAAUCAGUAGAUUAAAAUAAUGCAUUUUUUUGAUACUUUACACACAAAACUUUUUUCUCUCUGCAAGUUUUUAUGUAUGUGGGAAAGAAUUUUUGAUUUUAAAUGCAGCUACAAAUAGCAUUUCACCAUAUGAUGUUAGAGGAUUUGAUGUCUGUCUUGUGUUAAAGCUAUUGGUCAACAGAUAAUGUUUUUAUUUACUUAAAAGAUGCUCUUAUGUGCC